AUGGGUUCUGGUCAUUCUGUCGCCAUCGGUAUGCAGGAUGAUCCGUAUCUAACCGAACCAUCACAGGCCGACUCUGAUAUCAAUCUACCUCAAGGAAUGGAGAUCGGCUCGCAGCCCACAAACGCAAACCUGGAGUUACCUCAACAAUCCUUACAGCAUGUCAUUCCAGAGGAUAUCACAGACACAAAUCUCGAGCAAGGAAGCCCUCUUAAAAUCGCGAUCAUGCGAGGGGAGCCCUGUCAACCGAAAGAUAUCGCCCAUUCGAGCGACAAAUCGUCGGCCACAGUGAGCGAGGAUUUAGCAAUUCCCGACUGUGUCUCCAAAGCCAACGAAGAGCCACAAGUCACUGAGCCCGAGAUCGAUGCUGUGGCAAAACCAUACCACAACGUCCGUGCUAUGAUCAGAAAAGAUCUUCAGUCUGGUUUAUUUGAGAUUCCACGACUUGAACCUGUCCAGAACAUCCAUGUUUCAGCUGAGAACCUUGCGAAAUAUCAGUUCCCUCCAGCUUCAAUGCCAAGCAGCUCUCAUUCCCGCCACCGACAACGAUUUGAUCGAUCGGCACUCCUCCCUGAUAGCAAUCUUCCAUUCUGUGCUCAGGUUAUGGAACAUGUGAAAGAUUGGGCGGAAUGGGGGACAAGAAUUGCAGACGAGCAAAGACGUAAGGAAGUCCUAGACCAUGUUUUUGAUGUCUUGUCAAAGGCGUGGUUUGAGGCACUGCGGUUAGGCUACAAUCCCGGUACGCCCAACACGAAACCCACAGCACCUCAAGUGUCGACCAAGCGCUCUGCACCGCGUGCUGAUGUGGUCCCUGCUGGUUUGCCGCGUGGAAAGCCUCGUUCAAAGAGAGAGACAAGUCCAUCCAGAAAGCUCGUCUUGGUCGCGAACCACAGGGACGGUCCAGCAUGGGCUAUCACAGCAGGUGAACUGGAAGAAGCCGGUGUAUCUGAAAGCCAAAUGCGAAAGCGGGCAGCCGCGAAGAACACUCUCGAAGAUGGCGAAGAGCUUUUAAAGGGAGUCCUCCAGGAUCUAGGGGGAGCGAUCCAACCAAGUGAUUGGCACAAGAUCAUGGAUGUCACACGACUAAACCCCUUGGGACGAGAUCUCAUGGUUUACUGCCUGUACGAGGUGCUGAAGUUACGGCAUAAUCUUGCGUGGCUAUGGGAUCUCUACGAUCGGUUCCCUACUGCUAGGCAGAAGGACAACACAAAAAGACGUAUCGAUAAUGAUCAAGAACUUCAUGAUCUAUUCAUGGCUCUAGCCUUAGAGCUCAACAACGAAAACCCUUCGCGGGCAAAUCCGACAGCUUCCAAUCCCUCGACCACUCGUGAAGGAUCAGUGGUCGUUCCACCACCGACAAAUGAAAAUGAAAUGGAGCAAUCAAAUCAAAGCGAUGUCCUUGUUCGACUGGCCGAGAUGAUACUUGAUGGGACUGAUGUCGCUUCCAUUUCUUCCAGUUUUCAGUGCUUGAGGAUUUCUCACGACCACCUUGUCAUCUCCCACCCAUGCGGAGGCACGGUAAGCAGUCGCGACCGGUGCAAGCGCGUUUUGCGGGAUCUGAGGGUCGACGCGAGAGAUUGGCUAAGAAUGUCCGAGGAGGCUGAGGCGGCUGUCGAGCAAGAUACAAACGUGGAUUUUUUGCGCACACAGGUUCAGAAGUUGGAGCUGGAGAUACUUGAAAGAAAAGAGACUCUGAAAAAUCUCCUCCCUUCCCUAAUGGCGGAGCGAGAGACUACCGCCAAAAGUCUUGAUAGGAUCGGCGCCUCUGUCGAAGAGGACCCAGCUGCUGCUAGCACUGCUACUGCCCCAACAGAUGAUAUGCCGGUCACAGAAGCUACAAGUCGAGCAUCAUCUCCGAAUACCGCCAAGCACCCUCUCGAUAUCGCCGAUGAAGAGGCUCCAUUGCCGCCCACGAAGAGACCAAAAACUGAUCAUGAGAAAGAAAAACUGGACCACCGAAUUUCCACGCUCGAUGAUCGGCAAGUCAGCCACGACAUCCCUGAGGUUGCUACAUCAAACAACGAAGACAACUUAGACGCUUGCUACGGCAGCCGUUCUGAUAUGGUGGACAAAGUAACGCAUCACAUAGUCAGACUUCGCAUCCAGUCCCAUUUCAGCCCCACCGAUUUUACAAGCAAGAGAGUCUUCUGCCAUCCCAGAGGUUUCAAAUACCGCUACACAAGUGAGUCGACCUUGGCACAGCGGAGAUCGAUGGGCGACAUCCUGGAGACAUACGUGCGAGCAGCGACGACAAAAUACAAGGAUUAUAACCCGAGCUGGCGGUUUGGCAAGUAUCAAGCAGUUGCUCAUAUGGGUGAUCCGCAGAGGACGAGCGUCAUCCAUGGCAUUUGGGACUUGGAGACCGGAGACCAGCCGGAGGGAUUCGAAUGGUUCUAUCGAGGCGAUGGCACGCAGCCGUCCAAGCUCGAAGAGGCGUCAUUGACUCAAGAUGUGAAGGAUGAAGAAGCAAUGCCAGUCACAUCACCACCGCCACCACCAAAACCAAAGAAUAAGUACAUUGUGCGUCUUAACUUGAGGACGCCCAGUCGCUUGAGCCAGGGAGGCUCUCGCUCGACAGCUAACGACGCCAGUGGCAUAAACACCAGCGCCCAAAUCAAGACUUCAGGUACCGCCGGUCCACAAGGCAAGAGCAAGAAACAAGGCAAAGGUGGGUACAAACACGUGCGCUUCAAUCCGCAGCAGCCAGCGGUUGCGCAUAUGGACACGACGGGGCCCAUCUCUGUCGACCGACCGAAGCGAAGGACCGCCCAAAGAAGGUCGUAUGCGGAAGAGGACGAGGACGAUGAUUAUUACCCUUCGGAGUAAUGAAGUGCUAGCUAGUGCUUGGUGCUUGGUGCUUUGUCAGUGCUGAAACGGGC